UUUUUGGUCUUCAUUAUCUAUGGUGUGUGAUUAAAAUGGUUGACAGGUUAAUAAGAGAUUGCGGCUGUAAAGGUGUGAGGACUUGUUUGGUUUGCGAGAAAGAAUAUAAUCUUCCGAAAAAAGAGUAUACCUCUUUGAAAGAACAUAAGAAGACAUAUGUAUACUGUCCAUCUUGCAAUAAGGCUUGGCCUGGUUGGGAUGUGAAUGCCACCAAUCACCCAAUUCAUACGGGCGAACCUUUAGAUUUCCAGGGAAUAUUCAUACAGGAGAAUUUUAUUACUCCAGCUGAAGAAAGCUUACUAAUUGAAGGAAUUGAUAAUAUUCAAUGGGAGAAGUCUCAGAGUGGCAGGAGAAAGCAGAAUUAUGGCCCUAAGUGCAACUUUAAGAAGAAAAACCUGAAGGUGGGUGAUUUUAAUGGAUUUCCUGAAUUUUCAAAAUUUGUUCAGGAUAAAUUUAAAAAUGUUGAUAUGUUAAAGAACUACCAGACGAUUGAGCAGUGCUCCCUCGAGUAUGAUGCAGAUAAAGGUGCUUCUAUAGACCCUCACAUUGAUGACUGCUGGGUUUGGGGUGAGCGUAUCGUCACUGUCAACUUGCUGGAAGAUUCAGUCCUCACAUUGACUCCAUAUCAUGGAGAACUCUCCCGGUACAACUUAUCAGAUGUUGAGUCUUAUCCCCCAGUGCUUGAUAGAAAUGGUCAAGUCAUAGAAGAUGAAGUUGAAAACUGUAGUUUGAACAUGUAUAACCUUCAAAAUCAACAUGACGUAGUAAUAAGGGUUCCAAUGCCAAGAUAUUCUUUGUUGGUUAUGUUUGGGUUUGCCAGGUAUGUUUGGGAACACUGUGUGUUACGUGAGGACAUCAUCAAACGAAGAGUAUGUCUGGCAUACAGAGAAUUCACUCCGUUGUAUCUUAAAGGUGGUCACUAUGAGAAGAUAGGUCAAGAAAUAAUUACUAAGGCUCAGCAGUUUUGGAACCAUAAAAAGAAAACAUCUUAACAUUUUGGUUUUGGUUAAAGAUAAUUUUUUUUUCAGAACUAUAAAUUAUUGUGAAAAUUAAGUUAACUGGUUCAAGCCGUACAAC